AUGUCUCAGUCAUACGCCGCCGCCGAGGUCAGCAAGCACAAGGACAAGGACAAUGGUCUGUGGCUCAUCAUCGAGGGCAACGUCUAUGACGUGACCAGUAAGUACAUCAUCGCCUAUGCGACAACGUCGGAGAGGAAGAGGGAAGCGGGCGCUGGCUCGCGCGCGCGCGCGCUGCUGUUUUCACAAGCUUCGGCCCCCCCCGCGACCUCGGCAACCGACCAGUUUGUCGACGAGCACCCCGGCGGUGCCCGCGUCAUCCAGCGCAUGGGCGGCAAGGACGCCACCAAGGCCUUCUGGAAGUACCACGGCGAGAGCGUGCUGGCCAAGUACGGCGACCGGUUCAAGAUUGGCACCGUCGCCGAGUCGGCCAAGCUAUAA